AUGGAUGAGCGGGCGCUGGCGGUGAAACGCUGUGUGUCGGACAUCGAAGUCGCGGACUUCGUAGCGCUGGACUUGGAGUUUUCAGGACUCUUCCUUGAUGCAGCGAAGAGCGGAAAAGUCUUGAGCUAUGAGGACUACUUCGCCAAGUGCGCGGAGAGUGUUCCGAAGUUUCUGGCACUGCAGCUGGGCAUUUGCUGCGCCCAGCAGAGGAAAGAGAACAAUGGCGGUGAGACGGAUCGCAGCGGCUGGGAUCUGCGGACGCACCAAUUGGACUUGUGGCCUUCAGAGCACCGGGUCUUCUCCGUCGACCUGCAGUCCUUGCGCUUCCUGCGCUCGCACGGCUUCGAUUUCAACGCUUUUCUGGAAAAGGCGCAUCCCUACCAAAGGCUCCAGAAGAGCGCGACGAGCGCCACCCCGAAGCCGCUGGGUGCGGCACAGGUGAUGGCGGCACUGCGCACGGCACAGGUGCCGCUGGUGGUGCACAACGGGCUGUUGGACCUGCUGCACUUGUACGACAAGUUUCUGGGUGACCUCCCGGAGGACUUCGAAGACUUUGGGAAGGCUUGGUUGGAACACUUCCCUUUGACCUUCGACACGCGCUUCGUGGCCCAAGAAGGGCGCUUGCAGGUUUUUAAACAUCCAGGUGGUCUCAGUCUGCAGACUCUCUUCACCCACCUCCGGGCCUCGAGCUCCCUGCAGCUCCGGAGCCCCGAGCCGACCUCACAGGGUGCGUCGCACUCCGCCGGCUACGACGCCUAUGUGACGGCGGCGGUGUUCCUCAUGGAGAUGGAUGCUUGGCUGCGCUUCGACCGGAAGAAGUCCGAAGCGCCGGCCGAAGCGCCGGCCGAAGCGGCGGCCGAAGCGCCGGCCGAAGCGCCCAGCCAAGCGACGACACUGGAGACGGAGACGGUGGAGAUGGCGGUGCAGCCGACACCGGGAGAGGAGGACGAGGGCUGGCAGCCUGCGCGGAAGCGUGCGCGGAAGGCCCGAGCGCCUGCGCUGAGCGAUCCCAGCCUCUUGGAGAAUCACAAGAUCUGCCGGCGCUUCCACAACAAGAUUGCCCUGGUGAACACCUCCCCGGGCUUCUUCGUCAUGGGACCCAGUCUGUUCUUGGCAGACAUAGGCGAGCACGAGAAGAACGUGCAGAGCAACGUGCGACGGAUCUUCGAGCUCCUGGAGACUCAGGCCAACCCCGCCAGCGUGGUGGGCCGCUUCGCGACGGGCAACAUGGAGACGCUCUAUGAGGGGCCUAAGCGAAAUGGAACCUCCCCAGUGGAUGCCUUGAAGGUUUACUUCAAAGAGCGCUACUGCCCCGAGCAGAUGCGCCUGGUGACCUUUGGUCCACAAAGCCUUUCAGAACAAGUCCACCUGGUGACCAAGGCAGGCUUCCAAGCCUUGCCGUCUGGUGCCGCGUCCUGUGCGAGCGAUCCACGGCGCUUCGUGGAGCCCAACCCCUUCCCGAGCUCGCGCAUGGGCCAGAGCCUCCUGGUCCAAGGCACUGAAGCCACGGGGUCUUUGUGGUUGCACUUCCAGUUGCCGAGCCUGGACAGGGAGUACAGAGCCCAGCCGCUGACCUACUUGAAUUAUGUCGUCAACUACGGCGGCGAAGACUCGCUGAAGCGGAUCCUGAGUGACGAGCUGGGCCUCGUCUCCGACGUCCAGAUGGAGGAGCAGACGGACUCUACCGGUACGAUGUGCAUGGUGGUCUUUGAGACCACCGAUCUGGGGGCCAAGAAGCCUCAGGCCAUCUUGGACGUCUUCUUCGCAUACCUGGCCAGCAUGCGCUCGCGCGGGGUGGACAUGGAGCUCUACAAGAGCCUUCAGGAUAUGGAGAAGCUGCAGUGGGAUUGGAAGCAGGAAGAAGACGCCUUCGGGACUGUGUCCAACCUUGCCGAGGUGAUGACCCGACUGCCGCACGAGAAGCUCCUCUCAGGUGACAGCUUGAUCGAGAAGCCGGAUCCUGAGCUGCUGAAAACCAUACUGGAUUUGGUGAGGCCCACGAACAUGAACAUAGCACUGGUGGAGCCCUCUGGAGUGGGUGACCAGCCGCUGAAGGCGUCCGGGAAGAAGAUCAGGCAGCUGGAAUACUACGGCGCCAGCUUCGUCCAGGACUCUGUGGAGAAGGUCUUCCCUCACCUCACGUCUUGGAGCUCUUGGAUGGGCCCGGUGCGGCUGCAAGCACGGCGUUUAUUGCUGGCACAGGCAGCGCCCUCCGCGCCUUCCGCGCCCUCCGCGUCCACUGCCUCCUAUGCGGCGGCUUCCGUGCUAGCUGCCAGCGUGGGCGCCGUGAUGGCCCGCCGCCCCGUGAGCAGCUUCAGCCAGACCACCGUCACCGCACUGAAGGCAUUCGAGCAGGAGUUGGGCGUGCAGCCUCCCGUGGGCUACUGGGACCCGGCUGGCCUAGCCCGGGACGGCGACGUGGAGGCCUUCCAGCGUCGUCGCUCCGUCGAGCUGAAGCACGGGAGGAUUGCCAUGCUGGCCACCAUGGGCUACAUCACCCCCGAGAUCGCGGGCAAGUUCCCGGGCUACCUGAGCCCCAGCGCCGGGCUGAAGUUCGCGGACGUGCCUAACGGCCUGGCGGCCAUCUCCAAGGUGCCUGCGGGUGGCUGGACUCAGAUUUUGCUCUACAUGGGCUGGUGCGAGGUGAGCCGUGGCCCAGGCUCCGACAUUGCCAGCGGACGCCCAGGCGACUUUGGAUGGUAUGUCUUGAGCUCCCCUGACCCUGAGACCAAGAAGAAAAAGCUUUCGGCGGAGCUGGCCAACGGCCGUUUGGCCAUGAUGGCCAUCAUCGGCAUGUUCUACCAAGAUGGCCUCACAGGCUCCGCCUGGGGUGACUGGUCCAACUUCACCGACAGCCCAUUGAGGGCCUUUGAGAACGAGACAGGCGUGCAGCCUCCUGUGGGCUACUGGGACCCCUUGGGCUUGGCCGUCAGCGGAAACCAGUCGGACUACAAGCGACGACGCGAAGUCGAGCUGAAGCACGGCCGUGUGGCCAUGUUCGCCACCAUCGGCUACAUCUUGCCAGAGUAUUGGCGCUUCCCAGGAUAUCUGUCCAAGUUCCUGGACAUCAAGUUCUCCGAUGUGCCCAAUGGCCUUGCAGCCUUCUCCAAGGUUCCGGCGCUCGGAUGGCUGCAAAUUGUGGGCUUCGCGGGCAUUGUGGAGCUCAACGUCUACAAUGAGCAAGUGAACGAUGAGCCUGGAAACUAUGGCUCUGGCUUUUUGGGCCUCAGGUCUGUGGGUGUCAUGAACUCCGCGAUCUCUGAUCCAGAGAUCAGGAAGAAGAAGUUGAACGCCGAGCUGGCCAACGGCCGUCUGGCCAUGAUGGCGAUUAUUGGCAUGUUCUUCCAGGAUGGCUUGACGGGCUCCGCCUGGGGCGACUGGGCGAACUACACCGACAGCCCCCUGAGGGCCUUCGAGACCGAGCUGGGCGUCCAGCCUCCCGUGGGCUUCUGGGACCCCUUGGGCCUCUCCGCCGACGGCGACGUGGAAGUCUUCCAGCGCCGCCGGGAGGUCGAGCUCAAGCACGGCAGGAUCUCCAUGUUUGCCUGCAUGGGCUACAUCGUGCCGGAGUACUUCAAGUUCCCGGGUGAGUUGUCCCCCAAGAUGGGCCUGAAGUUCGCUGACAUCCCCAACGGCCUCGCAGCCCUCACCAAGGUGCCAGGGCAGGGCUGGGCGCAGAUCGUGGCCUUCUUGGGAACCUAUGAGCUCUUCAUCAACAAGCCAGUGGGUGAUGAGCCUGGAAACUACGGCAAGGGCAACUUGGGCCUGGGCUUCUUUGGCCCGAUGACCAACCCUGAGGCGCGCAAGAAGAAGCUUUCCGCGGAACUCGCCAACGGACGCUUGGCCAUGAUGGCCAUUAUCGGCAUGUUCUUCCAGGAUGGCUUGACAGGCUCUGCCUGGGGUGACUGGGCCAACUACACCGACUCCCCUCUGCGCUACAUUGUGCCGGAGUACUACAAGUUUGACGGAUACCUGUCCCCAUCCCUGAACCUGAAGUUCACUGAUGUGCCAAAUGGCUUGAAGGCACUCUCCGUUGUGCCCAAGGAGGGCUGGGCUCAGAUGUUGGCCUUCGCUGGCUUCCUGGAGUUGGUUGUGAACAAGAAGUCGUCUGAGCCAGGCAACUACGGCAAGGGCAACUUUGGCCUGGGAAACGUUGGAUUUGGCAACUCCAUCCAGGAUCCUGCCAAGAGGAACAGGCAGCUCAGCGCCGAACUUGCAAACGGACGUUUGGCAAUGAUGGCCAUCAUUGGCAUGUUCUUCCAGGACGGCUUGACGGGCUCAGCCUGGGGUGAUUGGUCGAACUACACCGACAGCCCUUUGAGGGCCUUCGAGACAGAGUUGGGCGUUCAGAAGCCCGUGGGCUUCUGGGACCCCUUGGGCUUUACCAAAGGCGGUGAUGCGGAGAGCUUCCGCCGCCGUCGCUACGUGGAGCUGAAGCACGGACGCGUCGCCAUGUUCGCCUGCAUGGGCUAUAUCGUCCCGGAGUUCUACCGCUGGCCCGGUGAUUUGUCUCCUUCCUUGGGCUUGAAGUUCAGCGAUGUCCCCAACGGCUUCGCGGCGUUCUCCAAGGUUCCUUUGUCCGGCUGGGCACAGAUGGUGGCCUUUGCAGGCACUGUCGAGCUCUAUCAGUACACGGAUGAUCCCAAGCGCGCCCCUGGAGACUUCGAGAACGCAGGCUUCUUGGGUAUUCCCAACAGCUUCGUGAAGAUCUCCGACCCCGAGGUGAAGCAGACGAAGUUGGCCGCCGAGAUCGCCAACGGCCGUUUGGCCAUGAUGGCCAUCAUCGGCAUGUUCUUCCAGAACGGCCUGACAGGAGAGGCCUGGGGCGACUGGUCCCUUUACACAGACUCCCCUCUGAGGGCCUUCGAGGGUGAGCUGGGCGUGCAGGCGCCCGUGGGCUUCUGGGACCCUUUGGGCCUGUCAGCGGAUGGCGAUGUGGAGACCUUCAAGAGGCGUCGUGCCGCGGAGUUGAAGCACGGGCGAAUUUGCAUGUUGGCCUGCGUUGGCUACAUCGUGCCGGAGUAUUUCAGAUGGCCUGGCUACCUCUCCCCUGAGAAGGGCCUCAAGUUUGCGGACAUGCCCCACGGCAUCGCGGCGAUCAGCAAGGUCCCACUGGAAGGCUGGGUGCAGAUCGUGCUCUUCUUGGGCCACUACGAGGGCUACUUCUGGCGCCAGGACCCCAAGAGGGCCCCUGGCGACUACGAGGGCUACGGCUUCCUUGGUGCUGGCAAGAACUUCAUUUUCAACUUCGACCCCAUUGAGUUCCAGGACCCCCAGGUGAAGAAGACCAAGUUGGCUGCCGAACUCGCCAAUGGCCGCCUUGCCAUGGUGGCGCUGAUGGCGAUGCUGUUCCAGAACGGCACCGUGGGCACCACUGGCCCUGCCAUGCGAGCCAUGAGCCUGGCCGGUCGGGAGUUCCUGGGUCAUCCGGUCCUCCUGGGCUAUUCCUGGGGGGCGCCCUGCUCCCUCCCGACUCUGCUGGCCCCGCUCUCUACGACGUCCUUGGGCAAGACGGAGGUCUUGGAAAUCGAGGGCCGCUGUGUUGGACCGCACGGUGGCACAUCGCACGUUCCAGCACAAGUGGCGAAGUUGCGCGAUGGCGGCUGCGCACGUGCUGCUUUGCAUGCCUUUGUUGGGGUGGGUCAGGCUGAAAAUUUGGCUGGCCUGUCCAACGAUGUGCGGUUGCCACCACGGUUGCCGUCCAAGAUCGAAGGGAUUCCGGAGCAAGUGCCAUUGGACUACAUGAAGCCACCUGCGAGCCUCCGGAUGAGAGGCACAGAGGCCAGUGCCACCGAGAAACUUUUUGGACCACUUCCUGUCCGAUUAUCCUUGAAGUUGCCUAGCAACCAGUCCAUGGUCAUGGUGCAAACAACCGGGAAAGAGGAUGUGUGGUUCCGCAGCGGGUGGACCAUGAGGGAUCCCAAGGUGCACGUGGCUGUGGGUUUGCGGAAAAUGCAGGCAAAAUUGCAGCCCGAGGCGACGGCCUUGGAUUCGGUGCGAUUGCGAAUCUAUGAGAAGCUUUUGAACGAGGUGAUGGCACCAAAGCUUUAUGAUCUCACUGUGGCAGGCUCCACCUAUGCAGUUUCCUUGGGCAAUGGUGGCAUGACCUUGGAUUUCGUAGGCUUCCAGGGCGCCUUGCCCACGCUGAUUGACAAAGCCCUGGACAGCUUCAACAGCUUCAACCAGGGCUUGAAUGCCACCAAGCGCAGCCGCUUUGAGCGGAUCAAGAAUACUUACAUGGAGGAGUUGCAGACCUUCGGUGGCAUGCCAUCCAGCUAUGCCAUCCAAGACUUGGACCGCUUGCUCUCUCGGAACUCGUUCUCCAACGAUGAGAGCCUGGCAGCGGUCAAGGGUUUGAGUCUGGACGCGGCCGUCCGCACGGCAGGGGAGCUGGUGCUAUCCAAGCCUCUCUCGAUGACGGCCUUAGCCAUUGGAAACCUCGCAGACCUCCAGUCCACGGAAGUCUUGAGCCAGAUCGUGUCUUCGGUGCAGCGGCCCAGCUGGGUGUCACCGAAGCCGGUGCCCAAGAACGCCACGGUGGAGGAGGUGAUGCCGGUGGUCAACAUCAAGAGGCCCAUCGAGGUGCGUGAAGCCAACCCCCGGCACGGGGAUCCCAACGAUGCCUGGGUAGACAAGGAGAAGAUGCAGCGUCGCUUCGAACGCCUAGUGAGCCUUCUGAGACGGGUCGAGCGGCCGCACUUGGAGUCUUUCGAAUGCUUUGGGACAAUGCACACACUGCCUUUGCGUGCAAAAGAUGCCAAGAUAGAAGAGUGCAGCGACGAGACCCUGGCUUACUUCAGCGGCUUUUUCGAUGGUGAUGGCUGUGUGACCAUGGCUUCAAAAUCUGGCCGAAUCAGGCUUACGGUCGGCCAAUCGGUUCGAGGAGCUGACAUAUUGGUCCGGCUUCGUUCAGCUUUUGGCGGAGGUAUAUGCAGACACUCAGAUGGUUGCGGCUUGCAAAGGCCCAGGCUGCAGUGGUGGGUUGCGGGCAAGGCUUCGAAACGUGCCGCAGCAUUGCUAGCUAAGAAUUCCUACAUGAAGCAAGCACAACUCCAAAUAGCAUCACAUGGGGAUGUCGUCACUGAGGAGCGCAUUCAAGUUGCACAGCAAAUGGAGGACCUCAAGGCAAGGAAUCAUGUGCCAGAGAAUUUCGCACAUAUGUCAUGGCCAUACUUCGCUGGUUUUUUUGAUGCUGAGGGUUGCAUCACGGUGAAAAGCUACAGCUGUAGCUUGGUCCUUGCAGUUGCACAGGUCAACCCAUUUGUUUUGAAGCUUUUGCACCGGUUCCUGCACGAACAGGGGCUGGAAGGCUGGAAGUUGCGUUGUUAUGCCACGCCCAUGGGUGACGUUGCAACACUAAGUUGUUUCAAGCUGGAAACUUGUAAAAGUACCUUGCGUCAGCUCCUGGACUGUGGCCUUGAUUUGAAGCGGGAGCAGGCUCACAUAGCCCUGCGGCUCAGUAGAGACAAUCAUUGCAAGAUACGAGAAUCAUUGUUUGACCUUGGUGGCCAGCAGUCACGGUACAGGAGCUUGGAUCAUCGUGGCAUGCAACGAGCCAGGGAAAUUCACCUGAUGCACACCCGCCUCCAGACAUGCCGAAACAAGGAGAGGUCAGAGGAGAUGGAAAUCCAGCUGCGCCAACUCGUGAGAGACCAUCAAGCUCAGCACUUGCAGUCAGCCGGCAGUCGGAUCGGUGCCGACAUUCGACGCCUGCUCCGUGAGGGUGCAUGGAUCAAGCCGCUGGAAGCAAGGCCCCAUGAGCAGAAACAUGCAGAAACAAACUUAAAAAGUACCACUGUGGCGGUGGUGAGCCUGAUCCAUGGCGUGACCGAUGUGCCAAGCCGUGUUAUUUUGGGCAUCGCUUCAGCUCUGCUGGGCACUGCGGCCUUCGACAACCUGCGGACGCAACAGCAGUUGGGCUACGUGGUGGGUGGCGGAAUGAGCACCAUCUCAAAUGUGAAUCUAGUGCGAGUGGUGGUGCAAGGCACCAAGGUGAACGCCGAUGAGGCGGAAGCGGCGAUCGAAGGCCUUUUGACCAGCACCAUGCCGAAGAUCCUGCGGGAUUUGAGCGUGGAUGACUUCAAGGGUCAGGUGGACGCCUAUCGCCAGCAACUCCUAGAGCCCCCCUUGGCGGCGUCCGACGAGGUGACGCACUUCUGGGCGCACAUCACCCAAGGUGGUCGCUGCAUGGAUUUGUUGGACCAGGUCCUCCAGUUCUUGGACAGCCCCGCAUGCAGCAAGCAACUGCCACCGCCCCAAAUGACGCCAAGGGACUACCUUGAUGUCUUCCAAUCCCAGCGUGGAGGAUUCAGCUUCGAGAAUUGCAAGAGGAAUGCCUACCUGGCGGCGCAGGCGAACAUCAAGCCGCCCACGGCGAUGAAGUCCGGCACCACGAUCUGUGGGAUCCAACUCAAGGAUGCUGUGAUCCUAGCAGCCGACACCCGGGCCACAGAGGGGCCGAUGGUUGCGGACAAGAACUGUGAGAAGCUCCACUACAUCUCCAAGAACGUCUUCUGUGCAGGAGCCGGCACUGCCGCAGACCUACAGCACACCUGCGAAAUGAUGGAGUCGCAGAUGGAGCUCCUGCGCAUGGCCACCGGCACCGAGCCACGGGUGUGCACCGUGGUGCGGCGCCUGAGCUCCAUGCUCUUCAAGUAUCAAGGAUACAUUGGCUGCGCCUUAGUUUUGGGAGGUGUGGACGUGACCGGCCCGCACCUCUACCAGAUCUACCCCCAUGGCUCAACAGACAAGCUUCCUUUCACCACCAUGGGCAGCGGCUCUCUGGCCGCGAUGGCCAUCAUGGAAGCCGAGUACAACGAGAACUUGAGCAUCGAAGAUGGCAAGAAGCUGGUGGCCAAAGCAAUUCGAGCGGGCAUUUUCAACGACCUGGGCUCCGGUGGCAACGUGGACGUCUGCGUGAUCACCAAGGAGACCGGCGGUGCCAUCCUCCGGAACUAUGAGAAGCCCAACGAGCGGAAGUUCAAAGCCCAGCACGCGGCCUUCCCCAAGGGCACCACGCCCAUCCUCAAGGAGGAGCCCAACGACUCGCAUGGACUCGUCGAUGGGAGGAACAGUGCUGGAUCCAAGCUCUUUGUCAUUGUGCUGGCGGAAAAGAGAGUGAAGUACUUUGCCUCAAAGGGUGAUGAAGCGCCCACGCGUUUGAGCCUGGAGCAGGCCCAGAAGCUGUGGCAGAAACAUGGCGUGGCCCCUGACGGCAUGAAAAUCUUGGCAGAGGAGUUCGGCGACACGAGGCUGGUGUCGAAGUCGAACUCGAAGGUCCGUCAAGAACUCAUCAAGGAGGGCGGCUAUUUCCCCACCGACCUAAACUGCGGCAGCAGCACCGGUGGCUCCAAGGCGUCCGAGGAGACCGUGAUGCGGAAGGCGUUGAUAACCUCGAGUAGCGGAGGGGAGCCUUUGCUCCACACCCAGAAGUCCGGAAAGUCCUUCCGGCGCGUAGCGAGCGCACAGUGA